AUGUCGAAGGUUGCGGAGAAGAAGCUAAUGAAUGAGAAAAUCGCAAAAGUUCGCGAAGUUGUCCAUGGUGUUAGCACUAAUGACAUUAUACUUGCUCUUCAUUCCUUCGAUUUGAAUGUGGAACGGACCAUCCAAGCAUUUUGUGAAGAUGGAGCCUCGGAAGUGCUAGAUGAUUGGGUUCGCCCCGUUGGUGGUGCUUCUAAGAAUAAGAACAAGAAGAAGAAGAAUAAGCAAACUACAGUAGAGCAUGCAGCCAGCGCCGUCACUUCCGCAACACCAUCUCCUUCGAAAGUUGCCAAAGCGCCAUCUACACAGGAAAAUAAACCUGCGGUUGUACCUCCAACACCACAGCAGGAGAAGGUUUCCCCUCAGACGAAUGGGUUCGUAAUUCAAGCUAAACCUCUCGAGGUGAAACCUUCAACAGACAAAAACAUUCUGGUCACCGAACAUAUUCAACAGACGUUCAAGGCACUUCGUGCAGCUGUAACGGGACGAGAGAAAGCCCUGUUGGCAGCAUGUGGAGCGAGUUCAAAGUUUGUUGACGCGGACUUUAACCAUCUCAUCUCCCUCAUUGAAAAGUUCGGUUCAGUUGUUGAAACCUCUCCUCGUGGAGCAGCGACGGUUCCUAGUGGUUUACCGAAGGCAGUAUCUCCAGUUCAAGCAGCUGCCAUCAAGCAUGCCACUAGUCAGUCGAGUAUUUCAAGCUCACUUGGAGCGGACUCGGGCGUUAACCUAAGUCCCACUCACAAAGAUGAGAAGAAUCCAGCCCCAGCAGUAAAGGCAGCCCCAGUGGCCAGAAUCGUUAGUGGUGGGAUUCAAAUGCAGUCGGAUGUGCUGUCUCCUGAUCAGCUAGAGGCGCUGCAGCGUAAAUUAGCAGAGCAGUUGGCUGCAUGCGGAAUUGACGCCUCGGUUUUAUCAGGGGUCACAGGCGGUGACAUGCCAGUCCGUCGCCCUCGAAAAACGGAUGGAGCUAGGAAAGGAGGUGCAAUGAGGACUGAAAAACCUUCGAUACGUCCUCAACUUUCAAUUCUAUAG